GCGGGAGGAGGAGGAGGAGGAGGUGGUGGCGGCGGCUCCUCUGAAGGUCUGGCGUGAAGCUAACACCGAGUCGGGCGGCGGCGGCGGCUGCUGAGACUUCGCCGAGCCUUGGAAGGAGUGGUGGGGAGUGGUGGGGGUGUCCUCAGAUUUGGCAUUGACUGAUUUACAAGGAAAGGAAGAUGACCGAUGCUAGUGAGAUGUUAGCUGCUGCUUUGGAGCAGAUGGAUGGUAUUAUAGCAGGUUCAAAAACUUUAGACUACACAAAUGGCCUGUUUGACUGCCAGUCGCCUACCUCUCCCUACAUGGGUGGAAUACGAGUUUUGCAUCUAGUAGAGGAUCUUCGUGGUCUGGUGGAAAUGAUGGAGAAUGAUGAAAAGGAAGGAUUGCGCUGUCAGAUUCCAGACUCCACUGCCGAGCUUCUGGGGGAAUGGCUACAAAGUCAUCUGACAAAUGGGCAUAUUUCUGUCACUGGUGAUCUGUACCAAGACAGAUUGACCCGUUUAGAAGGCGAUAAAGAAUCUCUGGUUUUACAAGUGAGUGUGUUAACAGACCAAGUCGAAGCGCAAGGAGAGAAGAUUCGAGACCUAGAGUGCUCCCUGGAAGAACACCGUGAGAAGCUGAAUGGCACAGAAGAGAUGUUGCAACAGGAACUUCUAAGCAGAACAUCACUGGAGACUCAAAAACUGGACCUUAUGGCUGAGGUGUCAAACCUCAAGAUAAAAUUGACAUCUAUGGAAAAAGAUAGACUGGAAUUUGAAGAGAGAUACGGCGAUAAUGAGUCAUUGUUUGCCCUCAUAGCAGACCUGAGGCAACAGAUGGAGAAAGUGGAAGUGGAACUAGCAUUGUUCCAGGAAAAGAGGUCCCAGUUUGGGGAUCAAGAGGGAUUAUUUCAAGAGAUUAAUGAUCUAAGAAUGAAGGUGACUGAGAUGGAAAAUGAAAGAAUGCAGUUUGAGAAGAAGCUGAAAUCAACAAAGUCAUUAAUGGCUAAACUAUCUAGCCUGAAAAUCAAGGUUGGUCAGAUGCAGUACGAGAAGCAACGACUGGAACAAAAAUCCCAGACAGUAAAGGAUGAAUUGGUGCAACUAAAGGAACAGUUGGAGCUGAAAGAAGCGGAAGUUAGAAGGUUGCGGAAUGAAAUGAGUUACAAGAAUGAGGCAGAAGAAAGUGAUGGUGGAACUGAGGAAAGUUAUAAAAAGAAGCUCAAAGACAAAAAUCAAGAAGUUCAUAAAAUGAAGAAGGCUGUUGAGUCGUUGAUGGCAGCAAAUGAGGAGAAGGAUCGAAAGAUAGAAGAGUUACGACAGUCUCUAAAUAGGUACAAGAAGGUGCAAGACAUGGUCAUGUCAGUGGCUCAUUGUAAAAAAGGAAAAGAAGGUGAUAGUGAUGAAAGUUUGAACAGUGGCUCUAUUGGAGUUAACACUACUGAAAUGGACCAGGCUCCUUCAAUGACACCAAUUGGUGCACUAAAAGAUGCAGCUUUAGUCCCUUUUCCAGAGGAAACGAUCGAAAUCCACACAAGUGUCCUUCAAGUACCAAUUCCAAUGAUUUCAUCUACUCCAAAGAGUUAUGCUGAACAGUUGGAGGUGAAGGAACCCCAGGCUGAGGCAACCGGUGAAAUUGGUGAAAUGCAUCCGAAAGAUAUCUCCUCACUGGUUGAUGAAACUCCUCUGUGUGAUAGUCCUAUAUCACCUAAAUUGCAAGAGUCUAGUAGUCUGGAAAAUAUGAAAAUGGAGGAUAAUAAUCAGAAGCUGUCUGUGGAGCCUGUUCAGCAGACCCCGUUAGAGAAUAAAGCAUGCAUGGAGAUCAGUAAAUUCACAGCUCUCCCACCAAAACCACCAAGUGGGCAGCAGAAUUCAUUCGAUGAUGAAAAUGGAACCUCUAAGAAGGCAAGAGUUUCCUUUGGCCGUGGGUUUUUCAAGAUUAAAGGUGGCAAGCGAGCAGCAAGUGCACCCAAUCUGGAUCGCAGUCGAAGUGCAAGCGCACCGAUGCUAGCUGAAACUGAGAAGGAACCUACAGAUGGUUUGCUGCGCUCAGCAGAGGCUGACAGCUUUCAGACGUCUCCAUCUUCUCCAGAAUCCAAGAAGAAGGCGAAAGGAAUAAAAAAAUUAUUUGGGAAGCUUAAAAGAAGUCAGUCAACCAACUUUAAUCCUGAUGAAAUGUCUGAUACAGAGUUCAAGAGAGGAGGAACCAGAGCUACAGCAGGUCCUAGACUUGGCUGGUCCCGUGACCUACAGCAAACUAACACUGACUUGGACACUCCUUUUGCAAAAUGGACUAAAGAGCAGGUGUGCAACUGGCUGCAUGAGCAAGGAUUGGGCAUCUACACGGGAAGUUCUAAGUCCUGGAUCACUUCAGGACAGACUUUGUUGCAUGCAUCUCAGCAGGACCUGGAGAGGGAACUUGGAAUAAAACAUCCCCUACACAGGAAGAAACUGCAGCUAGCUCUGCAGGCAGUUGGAUCUGAAGAAGAGGAUAACAGAGGAAAGCUGGAUUACAACUGGGUCACAAGGUGGCUAGACGAUAUUGGGCUACCCCAGUACAAGACUCAGUUUGAUGAAGGAAGAGUUGAUGGCCGAAUGCUCCAUUAUAUGACUGUGGAUGAUGUGUUAUCACUGAAAGUUGUAAGUGUGCUCCAUCACCUGAGCAUUAAGCGAGCCAUUCAGGUUCUGAGAAUCAAUCAUUUUGAAACCAACUGUCUUCGUAGGAGACCAUCUGAUGAGAAUAACAUCACCCCAGCUGAAGUUUCCCAGUGGACAAAUCACCGAGUAAUGGAAUGGCUGCGCUCGGUUGAUCUUGCUGAAUAUGCACCCAAUCUACGAGGUAGUGGCGUACAUGGUGGAUUAAUGGUAUUAGAACCUCGUUUUAAUGUGGAAACACUAGCAAUGUUACUGAACAUCUCUCCCAACAAAACACUACUUAGACGUCACUUAGCCACUCAUUUUAACUUGCUGAUAGGUCAUGAUGCUCAACAGCAAAAACGUGAGUCCAUGGAAUCCCCAGAUUAUGUCCUCCUUACAGCUACUGCCAAAGUAAAGCCAAAAAAGCUUGCCUUCAGCAACUUUGGAAGCCUGAGGAAGCGAAAGCAGGAUGAUGAAGAAUACGUGUGUCCAAUGGAAAUAGGACUGCCAGCAGGAGCAGGCUUCAGGCAAGGAAAUAAACAAGGACGAGGAAUUGAACUGAGAGUGUACAACGAUGAUGACCUGGACAGGAUAGAACAGAUGGAUGACUCUGAAGGAACAGUGAGGCAAAUUGGAGCAUUCUCUGAAGGAAUCAACAAUUUAACUCAUAUGUUAAAAGAAGAUGAACUAUUUAAAGAUGUGAGUGGGCGUUCUCCCUGUGCCAGUAUGCCAGAUGAGGAUUCAAAUGUGUGAUCCUGAAGAGAAAGAGAAUCCAGACUUAUACUUAUGAAAGUGACUUUUAAAAACUAAGACCAACUGCUGGAUAACAAAUCUCCUGCACUACUUAUUACAUUUGUAACACGUUACUUUAUGUUAACAGAAAAUGCAUGAAAGAGAACAGUGUAACCUGUUUAUAGUCACCACCAAAUACUAAAGUAUUUAUUUCAGUGUUCAUAUACUAUUUGGAAGUUAAAGAUCUGGUAUCUACAGUUUGAAACGUAUCAGGUACAGUUGACUCGAAUGUGGAUAAAUGUUUUGAUAUAGAUUCCAGAAAAGGAGUGAUUUUUUUUCAAAAGAAUCAAGGAAAAUGGGUGUCAACCCUUAUAAAAUCAAUAGUUGUAUCUGUUUUGUCAGUCCAAAGAUGCUAGUGAUUUGUCUUUCUAGAGACUUUAAACAAUGAUUCAGUGCAGUAUUAAAGAUCAUCUUGCAUUCAAAUUUCGUCAACACUGGGGAAGUCAUAGCAAUGACCAACUCUGACUGCAGAGAUGUUUCGGCAUUCUCCAAAACCCUUUAGAAACGCUUACUGUUGUGGGAUCUGGUUAGUCCAAGUCACCAAUAGACUGGUUUGUGCUGACAAAAAAUAUCUACUUUCCUUAGAAACCAUAAAGUAUGUAGCAAUAUUGAGAGAAUGCCUUAAAUAACCAAAACAAUACUGCCAUUUUAAUCUACAGUAUCACUUAUUUACUUAGUUACUCUGUCACAACAAUUAAUUUUGUACUUUUUGUAACGUUUUCUAAAAUCCGGUAAAGAUGAGCUUUUAAUGAGUGACUUUGAAUGGGGUUAACUAGUGCAAUGAUUUGUAUGGACGUAGGGAUUGCGUACCAGCUGGUUACUGGCAUAAUCCACAUAGAAUUUAUCAUUUAGUUAUUUCUCAAUAGUAUGAAAUUUAAAAGUACUGUAAUUCCUGUUUGUAUCCCAAAUUACAGUCUGCUAUGGGUACUCAGUGCAGGAUAUUACUGUGGGAAUGGAGUGAUCAUUUUUUUAAAAUGUCCAAACAUUUACAUGGUACCUUUGCAAGAAAGAUUGUUUGAACUACUUCCAUUUUGUUCCCAAGAGAAUAACUGGAGAAUUUGUGCCAUUGGUAGGUUAUACAGUAUCGAUAUUCUAAAUCUAACAACAGAAUUUGAUUGGGGAUCUGGGUGAUUACAUCUUUUUAAUAUUGUAGAGUAUUUUAGCAGUUCUGUGAUUAGAAAUGCAAUCCCUAAAAUAUGAAACCCUGUCUGAGCAAAUGCAUUAUUUACCUGUGUAUAUUUGUAUCUAUCAACUUGUAAUUGAUUUUCAUUACCUAUUGAGUCAGUUUUGAUACAUUUCAAUAUUUUUAUUUUAUGGUAAUACCAAAUAAGUCAAAGAAACUGGUAAUUGUGUUGAUAAGACAUCAGAUUUAAACACUUGUUCAAAACACAACCUAAUGCUUAAAACAAGGUGCCAUAUUUCUACUGUACUCAUGAAAUACCUGUAUGCUAAAAAUGUUUUUCUACGUUUUUAAAAAAUGCAUUGACAUCAUAUCAGUAGUAGGAACAAUAAUUUUUCAGUGGGUAAUGUACUUGUAUUCAAAAUGAUAAUAUAAUGGGACAUGAUUGUCUUCAAAAUAUCAACAAAACUGUCAGUUAUCAAGUUGGGUUUUUUUAUUUGGAAAGGAAAUCUUGUCUCCAUCUCAGCAUUUCUUAUGCUUUUAUUUGUUUAUUUAUUUCAUCAUGUUAUCAGUAGCCAUUAUUAUACAUUGUGAUUUUAUGUUGAGGGUUUAUUUGUACAAUGUUUUGCAGCACAUUUUUGUGUUCUACAUUAUCUAUCGCCAACAAUUUUCUGAAGGAAGUUCAAGUUAAUUAUCCUCUUGCUGUCUAACAUAGGGUUUGAUAUUAAAACUAGACCUCUCACUAAUGCCUCUAAGUAAAUAACUAAUUAUUAAGUGGUUAUGUAACCCUUUUUUCUCUCCCAACAAUUGAUUAAUAAACAAGUAUAUUCCUUCAGAGCCAUUACAAUAUAAAUAUUGCUGCAAAAUCUGAGGGAGAACCUUAAGAUAUUUGAACACUACAUAUAUGCAACAAAUUAAGCCAUACUUUAUAGCCCUAUGGAGGGGAAGUUUGUCUCUGGAAACAGUGAAUAGACUGAACUGCUCUAUCAAAGCAAUAAUGUUUAAAUAUUUAAGCCAUCAUUUAUGAACCAUUACCCUGAUUACAGAUAUGUGCAUUAUAUAUUGCCCCAAAUGUGUUUCAAUGUAAAAUAAAAACUUGCAUAAUAUA